GCCAUAAAAUCACAGGUUCCACAGGGAGAGGAGUGGCAUCAACCAACCGUCGUUAAAAGCUUCGUCCCGAAGGAAUUGAAUUCCUGCAAAGAAGUUCUCGUCAGAAUCGACAAAGUUCAGCCCGGACUUAAACAAAAGUACACGGGUCCUCAUGAAGUUGUUUCUAGAUCACCUAAAUCGUUUAUUCUCAAGAUAAAUGAUGGAGAAGAUUCUGUCAAUAUCGAUCGCCUGCGCCCUGCGUUUAUCCGAGAGGAAGAUGAUGAGAAGGAAACGGAAGUAUCAAUUACUGAAAAAUAA